ACCAGCCGGGAGCGGAAGGCGGUGUUUCGCAGCUCACGGCUCCUGCAGCUGGUCAUUGCAAUCUCUUGGGACUUUGGUCCGUCUUACCCGCCUAACGCCUGGCAGGGGCUGUCCGGCGAUGCAACUCGGCCGCUUUCCACGAGGAACUUAGCCCGUCACACUUGCCGCCCGGAUGGAACCGCCGGAAUGCUCUAAAGUCUCCAGUGAAUAUUGAAUUGCUGAGAAAUUUGGGAAAAGACAAGCUGAAGUUUCCAUUCCAUGGAUCCCUUGGGUGCACCUUCCCAGUUUGUGGAUGUGGAUACACUGCCAAGCUGGGGGAACUCUUGUGAAGAUCAAUUAAAUGCUUCUGAGAUUGCAGCUGAAACAUACCAGGAAGAGACUAUUAGAUCACCUUUUCUUUAUAAUAAGGAUAUCAAUGGAAAAGUGGUUCUUUGGAAAGGAGAUGUGGCUUUACUGAACUGUACGGCUAUUGUGAAUACCAGCAAUGAAAGUCUUACGGAUAAGAAUCCUGUGUCAGAAAGUAUCUUCAUGCUUGCAGGGCCUGAUUUGAAGGAGGACCUCCAGAAACUUAGAGGUUGCCGGACCGGUGAAGCAAAAUUGACCAAAGGGUUUAAUCUAGCUGCCCGGUUCAUCAUUCAUACGGUGGGACCUCAAUACAAGAGCCGCUACCGCACCGCCGCUGAGAGCUCCCUGUACAGCUGCUACAGAAACGUUCUCCAGCUGGCGAAAGAGCAGUCCAUGUCCUCUGUUGGAUUCUGUGUCAUCAACUCUGCAAAACGAGGUUACCCUUUAGAGGAUGCAACACACAUAGCACUUCGCACUGUAAGGAGAUUCCUCGAAAUUCAUGGAGAGACUCUUGAAAAAGUAGUGUUUGCUGUCUCUGAACUAGAAGAGGUAUUUCGCUUAAGUGAAAAACCUGGCGCCCCGGAGGAUAACCAGGAAGAAGAGGACGAAGGCUUGGGAGUUGAUCUCUCUUUCAUUGGCUCUCAUGCUUUUGCCCGAAUGGAAGGAGAUAUUGACAAGCAAAGAAGACUGAUCCUUCAAGGGCAGUUAUCAGAGGCAGCUCUGCAGAAGCAGCAUCAGAGAAAUUAUAAUCGCUGGUUGUGUCAAGCAAGAUCUGAGGAUCUAUCUGAUAUUGCUUCUCUAAAAGCCUUAUACCAAACAGGUGUGGAUAACUGUGGUCGCACGGUGAUGGUGGUAGUUGGAAGAAACAUUCCUGUAACAUUGAUAGAUAUGGACAAGGCUCUCUUAUAUUUUAUCCAUGUAAUGGACCACAUUGCUGUGAAGGAAUAUGUAUUAGUGUAUUUUCACACACUGACCAGCGAAUACAAUCACCUGGACUCAGACUUCCUGAAGAAACUCUAUGAUGUCGUUGAUGUCAAGUACAAGAGGAAUUUGAAGGCUGUUUAUUUUGUUCAUCCAACAUUUCGUUCAAAGGUAUCAACAUGGUUUUUUACCACCUUUUCUGUCUCAGGACUGAAGGACAAAAUCCACCAUGUGGACAGCCUCCACCAGCUGUUUUCUGCCAUCUCUCCAGAACAGAUUGACUUUCCUCCUUUCGUCCUUGAAUAUGAUGCCAGGGAAAAUGGGCCUUACUAUACAUCUUAUCUUCCAUCACCAGAUUUGUGACCUGCUGUCGUUCAGCGCUCCUGGUUUCUAAAGACUCCACUUUCUCCGCAGAUCCACUCCCUGUUGAAGCAAUGCUCCUUUUUGCUGUACAGCUCCAGAGAGCCUUUUGUCCCCCGCCUCUCUGGUAUUUUUUUAUUGACUGUAUAUUUUCUGGCACAUAGGCAAUCUGAAAAUGGUAGGCCAUUCUGAACUGUACACUUAUUUUAAAUUUGUAUAUUUGUAUCAAAUGAAAAUGUUCACUUUUAGAGGAUUGUUAAUAGCAAUUGGGGAGCAACUUCUGAGUAUCUUCAGUUUCCUGGAAGGACACUGGGUUCUCCAUUAGACAAGCUGCAAUAUCAUUCACAUCAUCCCUCUCACGUUGCACGCCUUCUGUGUGUAUGCAAGUGUUUCUCCAAAUAUAUAGAACCAGUGUAUGCUGACCGGAUGCAUUGUUUGCUUCACAUCUUGGCAUUAACGUUUUGUAACAGAUAAUUUGGUGAGGAUAAAAGAGAAUCAUCUGGGAUCAAGGAUGUAGAAAAAAAUGUAUCUGAUCAAAAAUGUCAGAAAUCGUUAGCAAGAUACAGGUCUUAGAAUUUUACUGCACCAGUGAAGACAAAGACUUAAGGACUAAAGUUCCUGAGUUUGUAUGAUUUAAGAUUGUCCCUGUUAUGGUCUCAACAGUGGAGGAAAAACAAGAAGACUUCCUUCAGCCUUUUUCCCUCCGUCAGAGGUGGUUUGGUCUGCAUGUUCAAUAGUACAGCACAUAUUAGUAAUCCUAGUAGAGGGUGUCUCCCGAGACGCCAUCAGUGAGCUUUAGAGAGAGCGCGGCUUUCCCAGACUUGUGAAUGAUUUUAUUCGGCUCUUAGGUCUACUUCCUCUGAGGACAUUUCCUAGUAGUGUGUCUCGAGUUGCCUACGUCGAUACGAAGGAAGUGUGUUGACAUGAACCAAACGCCAGACCACUUUUGCAACUCAGGCUCUAUUUGUGCCUUAGCUUGACUAAAAGUUAGUAUGAUGCUAGCUACCUCACAGAGGUAUCAUGAGGACAGCAUUCAGAAAGCGCUUUUGAUGUCUUUGGAUGAAAAAUGCUGUGCAGUGGGGUGUCUUCAGUUAGUUUUUCAAUGAGAAUAAAUAUCCUUGAGGGAGUGCUACAGGACACUCCGCUUGUUCUUGGCACAUUUUGAGUGACUUCCCUUUUCUUGGAACAAGAGCUGUUAGUGCAAAUUCCCAACCCUUAGGAUCCCUUCCCAUUUUGUUCAAGUGUCUUCUGGCCUACUCCUCCUCCAGCGCUACACUUUAGCGAGAGGCAUGUGUUAGCCAUUUUAAAUGUUACUUCUUGAAUGAAGGUCACACCAACAUCAUUUCCAUCUGGGUUUCUUCAUACUCCUUUUAAUUCCUGCAUUCACCACUCCCCCUCAUCUCCCUCACCCCAUCAUGUACACUGGCAGUUCGGAGAAGAAAAAUUAGAAUUCUAAUGUGCUCAGGAUUGAUGCUUCCAAGGGUCCCACUCCCUUAGGUCCAAAUUAGUUCUUCAGUGGAGAUAAAAAGAAACAUCGUUUUUCAUUUAUGAUAGAAAAAUGCCCCUGUAGUUGUGUUAACCCCAUCCUCUGUUUUCCUGCAUAAACAGGAAGGGCCUUUGCAUUUCUCAGAAAACCAGUCUUGUCUUUUGCAUGUAAUGGACACAUCUGCUUUGUGCCAGUAAUCAAAACCACUUGUUCCUUCCAUGUGCUUGUUUGUUAGGGACUUCCUUUUAUGCUCCCUAGGUCAUCAGGGCUAGACAGCCAGUCAAAUGUCUGGUAUUAAGCUUUGUCUCAAACAGUACUACUUCAAUCCUUUGAGCCUUGACUUUUAAAAAUCUGAAAAAUUAGCUUCAUCUUCUCCAGUCAAUUCUUAGAUCAUAUUUGAGGUGGCAUUUCACUAGGACCAGUUGUAAAAAUACACCUACUUUUCUCUGUUAUAGCUGGACUUGGCUACCUCAUGUUGGCAUCUGGCCUGAAUCAUUUCCUUAGAGGGUUCAAGCUACUUUGCUGUUUGGAAAGAACCAAAUUUUAUAGUUUCUUAUAGGCAGUAAUUUAUAAAAGAUGUCCCUUUGCAAUAUUCACAGCAAUAUAUUAAUGAUUAAUAACAAGCAGGAAUGUUCAAUCGAUGUCCUAGAGUGUAAAGGUGGUAUGGGGCUAUAUACAUAUCAACUGCAUUUAAUAAUUUAAUGAUGACUAAAGAUAAGGUUGCUCUUCUCAGUGAAACUGAAUUUGGUAUUGGACCAAGUUCAUGCUUUUAUAUAGCUGUCUGAAAUGUUAUAUAAUGAAGUUCUUUUAAUGUACUAAACCCUAAGAGGGGAGCAUAGUGACCUUGAUGUUGAAAUGAUAAUGUAACGUUCAAGGUAUAUCUGCCUAGAUGACACAUACCACUUUCAAGGAUACACACAUUAGAGAAUAAAUGGGUGAUGACCCCUAGCAUCUGAUAUUAAUUCAAAGCAUCCUCAAGUCCUUAAUUUAAUUAAAUUUCUGUCAUGCCAAAUGCUAGUUGAAUUGCGGGAGAAACUACUUAUAGGCUGUUAACUUAAAUUAGUUCAUGGAAGACAUAAUAUGAUUUUUAAAUUAAGUAUGUUUCUUGCUUCAGUAUAUAUUUGGGUUCCUAACUCAUCUAUAUUCAUCCUUAACUCAUCUAUUUUGCAAUUUCUUGAUGGCGAAAAGACCUUCUGAGAAAAGCUCAGUAUUUAUUAGACUCAAGGUUUAGAGACAAGGUGGUUCAUAUCUUAAAGAUUUUUUUUCUUUAUUUAAUAUAUAUCUUAUUUCAUUGACUGAUGCUCCAUUAUAUUUAUUUUUUCUAAAGUAAACCCUCUAUAAUAGUUGAGACUAAUAGAGGAUUUUUAGAUUACUUUUUAGGGUAAAUGGAUAUAGAUUUUUUUAAUCAAAUAUCUGAAGUUCAAAAUGAUUUAAUCUCUCUCAUUUCUAGAGAGAGAUGGGUAUAAUCACUGUAGUAGCAGAGUGUGGCUUGCCUUUUUCUACCUGUCUUCUCUUUGCUUAGAUGUUACUUAAUGAAUUCAAACUAUAGAUAAUGGUUUAAUCUUUCCUUUGCUGCAGUUACUAGGAAAGCCAGAAAAUGUAGCUUCAGUAUGGGCUAAUAAAACCACUCCUGGUGUUUCCCCUGGCACACUGUCUGUGUGUGUGUAUAUAUAGUUUAAAUUGCUUAAUAUAUGAACAGAAAUUACCGGAAUUUGCCCUGGAAAGAGGAAAGUUUUAUGGUUCUAGUAACAGGGGUUGAUUGUAUUAAGGACCAAAAGUACAAGGUAGCAUGUAAACCUCUAAGAUGAGAGUUAGCCAGUGACUUUCAGACUGUGGUUCUCUUAGGUUAUAGUCAUCACAAUCAACAAGCACUAGAGGGCUUCACCUGGGUAGGUGCUAGUAUACCUCAUAGUAUGGGAUGGACUCUUGGUUUGCAAUUGCCAAAGAACGUGAAGGAUAAAGGAGGGUUUUAACCUGUGAUCAAGGUCACGUCAUAAACACAGAUUAUGAGGAUUGCCUCCAAGGUCUAACCAUUUAUACAUGUAUAUCUCUAUCUACAUACAUAUUUAUAUUUACACACAGUAAUCUGGUUUGUUUUACAUUCUUUGAAUGUGGUUUAAAUGGUCCAUAUGUAGGGAACAUAAAGCAAUAAAUAGCCUAGUUUAAGCUUUGAUUUUACCAAAAUAGCCCUUGAAAAGAUGAUAUCAAGGUCUUUAGAUAUUAGUGACUCCCUUGGAUAUUAGUUACUAACUUUGUUUUCUGUGUUUCUAAGAACAGUAUCUCUGAAUCGCAAGUAUAACAUGACUUAAAUGGAUAGGGCCUCUGAGUUCAGGUCUUCCUCGUGGCUCAGACGAUAGAGAAGCUACCUGCAGUGCAGGAAACCCAGGUUCGGUCCCUGGGUUGAGAAGAUCCCCUGGAGAAGGGAAUGGCUACCCACUCCAGUAUUCUUGAGAAUUCCAUGCACAAAGGAGUCCAUGGGAUGUCAAGAGUCAGACAUGACUGAGCAACUAACAUGAACAAAGGCUGAGUUCAAGAUGAAAAGUAUAAAUAUUCUCUAGGUAAAUUACACUGACAGAAUCAUAACUGCUGAAUGUGAGCUAGUAUUUUUGUUGAAGAGUUAAAACCAACACAUUUUGUAUAUACAAUCAUAUCUUUUUUUUUUUUUUUUUUUGGUGGUGUGUUUUGUUAGUGUAAUCACACAGUCAUCAUAAACUGAGCCAAGACUUUGUCAAACCAGAUGUUGUGGACCAAAACAUUUAAACAAGAGCUGAACAUAUGUAAAUGAUUUUAAUAGCUUUUGGGCAAAGGAGACCUAACAAAGUUUUGAUUGAUGUGAUCUUGAGAUUUGUUUAUUCAAAACUCACAAGUUUUGAAUAUUUUUCAUUUAAAAAUAUAUUUUGUUCUUUUUGAAUUAGAAGUUAGAUCCCUUUUAAAGAGAGUCCCCCUCUAUACAAAUACAGCCAUUAAGAGCUGGUUAGUAAAAGGUAAUGUUUAUAUUGAACCCCAGGGUUAGGACAGUCUUUUAUGGCCACUAUACCUGGCAUUUUUCUAAUCACUUAAAUUAGUCUACAGAGCAGUAUAAAAUGCAGUAAAUUUUAUCAUCAACCUUCUCUGUGGAGACCUAGGCUGGUGCUUCUCAAAUUUUAAUGUGCAUAUAUUAAAUCAGCCAGGAAUACAUUAAAAUGCAGAUUCUCAUAUAGUAGGUCAGGGUGGAGCCUGGGAUUUUCAGUUUCUUUCUUUUUUUUUUUGGCCAUGCCACAGGGCACGUGGGAUUUUAGUUCCCUGACCAAGGAUUGAACAUGUGCCUCUUGCCUUGGAAACCCAUAAUCUUAACCUCUGGACCACUGAGGAAGUUCCCAAUUCUCAAUUUCUAACAAGCUCUUAGGUGAUAUCAAUGCUCCUGGUUGAAAGACCACACUUCAAGAGUCUAGACUAUAUUUACCUUCCAUAUUGUCCCUGUUUCUGGUAAAAGAGAUAGAACUUAGCAUUGUAAUAAUACCUUCUGCAGGCCAGGCAUUCACACAUUCCUUAUCUCAUUUAAUCCUCUUAACAAAUCCUCUGAAGUACAGGGUGAUAGAAGUUCGGUGCUGCUAAAGCCCAAAGACACAAGCAGUGCAGUAUAGAGAGGUAUUUCUCAAACUUGAAUAACGCACAUCCCCUUUUAAUACAGAAAAAUUCUCUUAGCUCCUCAGUUUUUUACUUUAUUUAUUACAGUGUUAUCUAUGUAUAUGUAAAGUUACAUAUAAAUGCCUUAUGCUUAUAGCUCUUGCACAAGUAUAAAAUCAAAAGUUUACAGGUCAGACACAAACUGUGAAACUAAUGCAAUUUAAAGUAACGCUGACUAAGCGUGGUGGAUGAGGGCGUUUGCCGGGG